UUUAGAUUUACUCAUCACUAGUGUACAGUACCAAGUAAAUCAUACAGUACAUUAUUACUCUUUAUUUAUGUGCUUCUCAUGAGCAAUUCAGUAUCUUCUAAAGGGACUGUAAUGUCCCAUAUAUCAGACAAUAGUGAGAUUUCUAAAGAAAAAUAUAUCAGUGACAUACUGCACGCUAUGGUAAAUAAGUUGUCGCAUGCAACAAUAAGUGAACGUUAUUACCAACUACAGUUAAAAGAUAAAACUACCAUAGAUAUUCCAGGCUGGUUGAAGGAUUGUGAAUACCCUUUUUUGUGGUGCUCCCAAGGGAAGAGAGUUCAUGGAUCUGAGCAAGUCAUAAAAUGGUGUAUAGAAAUAAUCAAUGAAAUGGUGUCAGAAGAAUCUAAUUUAUCAUUAACAUGGAUUAUAGCAUAUUUAACUUUAACAUUGGAAUAUUGUGUAUUGGGUGAAAUGGAGAAAUCGUUUGCUUCCUUGAAGAAGAUUGAGAAUGCAAUAGAGAUGCAGACUCCCAAGUCUGACUCCUUCUACCAUAGCUACAAAAUCUCAGUAGAUCAUGUUGUGUAUGCUACCAAGGCACAUCUACUAGCUGCAACUGGAGAGGAAGGGGUGGCUCAGCAGAAUAAAUGGAAAAUCACUCUUACGCAGUCAAUGACCACACUAAGGGGUGUCAGUGACCAAGCAGGGGUGUUUGCAAUGAAGUGUCGCUUUUAUUGUUUAUCAGAUUAUGAUGAAAUAGAUAUUAAAGAAGAGUUGGCAAGAAAAGUCUUGGAAUUAGAGCCUAAUAAUGAAGAUUGGAUGCUUAUGCUGGCUAAAAUACUAAGAUCAAAACGUAGAAGAAACUGGAAAGUAGAAAUUCCUAAUUUAGAAGUUUUUAAAGAAGAGAUAAAUCUAUUGGAUCAAGCUAUUGCAAAGUCAAGGAAGAGUGAGUAUCUGGUGUCCUUGGCUCAGGUCUAUAAGGAGAACCAGAAGAGAGCUUUACAGAUCUAUUACAGAGACAAACAAGGCAGUGACAAAUCUAGUGUACAGUACCAGACUGCCAAAAAAAUUGGUUAUAAGGCCUUAGAAUAUUACAUGGAAGCAUUGAACAUGAAACCUGACUGCCCCAAAACAUUGCGAAAAGUUGGAUUUGGAUUAAUGUGUUUGCUAAAGGAAGAUGCAGAUUACAAAUUAGCCCAAGAAUGUUUAAUGCGUUCUUUGGAGAUGUCGGACCAUGGGAAAACUUUACACAUUCUAGGAAAUUUUUAUGAAAGAUAUGGUGAUGACUAUGAAAAAGCUCAUCACUAUUAUGAGAGAGGAGCUAAAAAACAAAACUAUUAUAGUCUGUGUGACAUGCUCAAAGUAAGAUACAUCCUGAAUCCUGAGUAUGAUCCCUGUAUUGAGCUGGAGGAUGCACUUAAGUGGCUGGAAAGAAGAACGGAUUUUAUAGAUGUCCUUGCACAGUUAGGAGGCUACCACUUCAUGGUGAAAAGAGAUCUUAUCAAAGGCAUAGAGUAUUUCAGCCAAGUUAUGGCUUUGGACAAGGACACUUCACACAUGACGGAUUUUUAUUCUAUUUUGCUUAGAAUGUAUCAGCGUAUAAACUUAUUUAAAUAUCUGAUGAAGGAGUCACAGUUAUUCCUAGAGCAAGAAAUAGUUGAAUCCAUCACAGAAAAAGAGAAGGACAAAAUCAUGGCCAACAAAAAUCUUGUAAGGGAUUUUCUCACAAGUAUUAGUGAAAAGAUUGACCCAGCAUGGGUAAGUGAACCUCUAGACAGUAUCGCCAAACUACUGGAUGAUUCAAAAAAUAUUAUGGAUUUGGACAAACAAAUAAGCAAGAAGUAUGCAUCUAGACUUGAGCAGUCUGUCAGAAGCAAUUCUUUUGUGAACAUGGGAAUAUCAACCAGGAGGAAUUCAGCAAUUUUAAGGAAUUCUAUAUCUAGUAACAAUAAUUCUCAAAGUCUGAGAAACACAUUUUUCAGUAAUAAAUCUGAAAGUUGGAGAAACUCACCAUCUAGUAAUAAUUCUCAGAAUUGGAAAAAAUCAAUCAGUAAUACUUCUCAAAACUGGAGGAAAUAAACAAUUGGUGAUGAUAAUUAAAUUGGAGGAAAGCAUAAUCUUUUGAUAAAUCUUGAAUGUUGGGUAAUGAUAUAUAAAGUAAUAAUGAAGGAAAUAGCAAAAGAUUCUUAGUUUCCAGAAAGGUGCGAGUAUCUAUAAGUAAAAUAGACAAGUACGAGCAUUUGCACUUACAUAAUUAUUAUUUUAAAGGCAGUUAUUUACGGAAUUAUGCAAUACAAUUUUAGUAUUAGAAAAGCUUUAAAAUGUAUAUAGUGGAGUGUCUGGGGGUUUUGAUCCCGGAUUACAGUUACAGUGAAUGAAUGUAUAAUGGUCGAUCUGGUAUUUUGUUAUAUGUUAUAUGUCGAUAUUUUCAUUGUUUGAACAAAUUACUAUAAAAAUAUAAUUUUUGGGCAUAUAUUUCUGAUUUAAAUAUUUUUUUUAAUUUUAUAUAAUAUGAUAUUUCACCUGAAUAGAUAUAGAGAAAUAUCUAAAGGUACCAGUGUACAUGAAGCGAGUUCGUUUGGUAAACAGUGAACGUAUAUUUGCAAAUCAUUGGGGUAAAGAUAAAAAUGUGAAUGUGUUAUAAUUGAAAUAAUGUUUAUAUAAAGUGAGAACAAGAGAGACCAAUGUAUAGAGCCUUGUGGGACCCCCCAUGUAGCAGGUUUUCACUCAAGACAGUGUAUUCCCCUCCUUCACACAUUGCUGACAUCCAGUAAGGUAAGAAUCGACCCAAUUAACACAACCAUCUGAGAAACCAUAUUUGUUAAUGAGGAGGGGGUGGUAUAUGCGGUCGAAAGCCUUGGAGAAGUGAAAUAAUAUUAAAAUGGUCAUUAGUCUCUUGUCCAUUGCUAAUAGAAUAUCAGCAGUAAUCUUCAAUAAGGCUGUAGUGGUACUGUGAUUAGAUCUGAAUCCAGAUUGGAAUUUGGUCAGAAUAUUAUAGUUAUUAACAUAAGAAAAAACUUGUAUGUAAUUAAUGAACUUAUUCUUGUUGAUGAUCUGUUUUAGUAUUAAUGUAUAAUUUUAAAUUGGUGGUUGAAUGGGAGGGGAACAAACAUUCAACGAGACCAAUACAUCUUACUACCAUAAUAUAUGGAUAGACACUUAUUGCACACUUUCAAGAAUUUAAAAAUUUUGAAAAACAUGAUCAUGGGUUUAGUUUUGAACUGUUGUUAGUUUGUAUUAAUUUAUUUUUUAUCUAUAUUUUCUUUGUGUUAUGUAAGCUAUUUUAU